AUGGCUUCAGAAACCUACCAAAUUCCAGAGGUUUUGGCUGUUGCACAACUCCACCCUUUCUAUGUCCCUUCAGUCAAAUACCCACCUGAUGCAGAGACCAUCAAAAGGGCCCAAGACCAAGCGAGACGCAAUGUCGAGAAGUUCGAUCUCAGCUCCCAGGGCUUCCUGUAUAAGAAAGACCUUUUCCAUACUGUUGAUCGCCUCGUGAAUGACCUAAGUCCCGAGAACACCUAUCGUAGAAGCUGCUACACAAGCAUGACGGGCGGUGGAUCGGGUGGAGCUCAAUUGCUUUUUGUAACAGAUGUGCAUGAAAAUCGCAGGCAUCGGGCCUAUUUUGGCAAAUUCCUAAAGGCAACCGGCAUUGUCGAGGAAACGGAUUGGAUUCUAACUACUCACUUUGAAGGCCAUAUCUAUCGAUCCAUGGACCUCAUGGCCGAGCUCUUUGAAAAUGGGGGCGCCAGCGUGCUGUGUGGUGGCAGUUAUAUGUCUACCACCGAGGUUGUGAAGGCCCUAGUUGACUACCAUGUCAAUGCCCUAGCUGGAGAAAGCAGCCAAAUCAUCAAUACAGUUCAGUACAUCUCAACCCUUUCCCAAGAACAGAGAGAUCGAAUCAAGAUCCAAAAGGUGAUCUAUACCUCGGAGAUGUUAACCCCCGCUCAACGGUCAUUCAUUCGGGAAAUCAUCGGAAGCGUCAAGAUUUACUCCGUGUAUGGCAGCGCUGAAGCCGGCCCUUGGGCGGCCAGUAGCCCCGACCUGCUAGAGCAAGGCUCCGGAGUCUCGCAAGAUUUCAUUUUUGAUACACGCUCAAUGGUGGUCGAGAUUUUGGACCCUUCAAUCAUGGAAACGCAUCAUGGCUCUUCCAUUGCUCCCCAGUCAAUGCCGGAUGGAGAACGUGGGAUAAUUGUCCAGACCUCUCUAAAUCGUCUACGGAACCCGCUCGUCCGAUAUGUCACGGGAGAUAUGGGCUCAAUUCAUCCGUUGCCAGAAAGUGUUCGGUCACGCAUGUCCGAUGCGGAUUCGCAAUUCUUGCACGUUCUCCGCCUAUAUGGUCGUGAUCGACGGUUCAGCUUCGAGUGGGACGGAAUGUAUUUUGAAUUUGAGAACCUCGCUGCUCUUCUGGGUCAUGAGGAAUGUGGAGUGUUGCAAUGGCAGGUCAUCUUGGACCGACUGGACUCCUGCCCGAGAUCUACCAUCGAGGUUCGCGUUUUCAGGUCAUCGCAUGACCCAUCAUUGCUAUCAGAGGCGGAUCUGAAAGAGCGGAUUAUGAAUUUCUUCAAUGUCUGUCCCGGUAAUGAACCUUGGAUAUGUGUUACCUUGGUCGAAGACAGAAAGGACUUUGUGCGCAGUGCCACUGGGGACAAAAUCCUCAAAUUCGUGGAUAGAUUCAACUGA